ACACUCUGUGGCAUUUAAAAUGUACUUAACUGUUCUUGUUGUAAUCCAGCCUUUUUUAGAUCUAUCUUUCGGGUUCUGCCACUGUUCCUUGUUCUGUCACCAGUGAAUUCAUCUAGUUGUGCAAUGGGAAAUAGAACAACUGAAAUCCGUGUGAAGUAUGAGAAUAUACUAAGCCAUGACAUCGAUGAGCUGGUAAAUGUGUCUGCAGAGUAUCGUGAUAGGUGCUGCAAGAAUAAAAAACAUGAAAAUGCCAAAGUGUUCUUCUGCAAUGAUACUCAGGAAAUAGAAUCACUACAGAGUAUGGCGUGCAACAUGCUUAAAUUCUUUAAUAAGCAAAAAAUCAGCAAAGAGUUUAGAUGGAAAGCCACAGUAGUCUCAUGUAGGACAUUACAGAUUCUACAGUGCAAAUGUGAAAGAAAUAAAAAAGAAAAGAUUUGCACAGAGGUAAAUACACAUAAUAAAGAAGACACAGAAACAAGUGAACACUCAAAAAAGAAAUGUAACCAAGAUUUUUGUGAACUGAAAGAAAAUGUAUCUAGCCUGCGAUCCUGCUGGAAUAAAUUUGAAAAAAUAAUUUCCAGGUGAAUCCUGCUUUUUUCUUUCAAAGUGGCAUUACUUGGUAUCUUUGCAUUUUAUAUGCAUUCUUUGAGUAACUCUGUUCGCUUACAUAAACACUUUAUGCCAGAAUUCUGAUGGAAAGCUACUGUACCUUGUUCCUGGAGGUAGAAUAAAUACAAACGGCUAAAAGAAGCUGCUGAAGUCCAAGAAGUGGAAAUAAAGACCACUGUUUGAAGGAAAGAACUAUAUAGAAGGCUGUGUUCCACUUCAUGCUCUGGAAACUAUUUUGAAUUUUCUUAUCUUUUGAGUAACUUUAUAGUACAUUAAUAUGAAAGCAUACUUAGGUGUCUACCGCAAUUAAAAAAAAUAUCUUAGAAACUGCAGACCAGGAAAACAGUAUGAAAAAGUAGCUAGUUUCUUUAUACCUAUGUAGAACAUUUCAAGGACCAAAAUGAACAAUUUACGAAAUAAGCAGCAGCUCUUGAGCCUGUUCUGCUGAUGCAAUAAUGUUUUAAGCACAGGUGAGGUUUCAUUUAAUGGGUUUGCAAACUGAUUUGGGUUUGGAAAAAUAGGGAAAAGGUUAACUUUUAAAAAAACUUAGGAAGGAAUACUGGCUUUUGAGAGAUGUAGCACACUUACUCACUGAAGUAGAGGCAAGACGGUGAGG